AAUUUCGUGUAGUUCUAUGGAGAGAAGAGAAAAUAAAAGAUGAGUGAGAAGAGAGCUGGAGCCUUAGGACGGAUGCUCCUGGUGUGGGCACAGGAGUAAGGGACAGAGAGGGGGGCGGAGGGCGGGAGUCGGGGAGACCUGAGCCGAGAGCCAGAGGGAAAGAGCGAGGGGCAGAGGAGGGAGCGCUCCCGGCCGCCCCGACCUGAGCGGGUUGACCUCUUUCUUUCUCUGUCCCUCUCCUUGCUUUCCCCCUCUGUGUCUGCUUGUCCCCAGCCCGAUGGCAAAGCCGUGCGGAUUGGCACCCCCCUCUUCCUCAGUUCUUUCCUCCAUCCCGUACCCCCUCCCCUCACAUACAUCACCUGGAGAGAAGGGGAAGAUGCCAGAGAGAGUCAUGAGUCCUCAUAAUGCUUUGCUCUUUGGAUGUUUCCUCAUCGAGAUAGACGGAGGCUUGUGUUUUCCCCAGGAGAAGGUUCCUAAUGUGAGAGAGUAGACCCAGAUGAUGGAGGUGCUUCAGUGCGAUGGCUGUGACUUCAGAGCCCCGUCUUAUGAAGAUCUCAAGGCGCAUAUCCAGGAUGUCCACACGGCAUUUCUGCAGCCGACGGACGUUGCCGAAGACAAUGCGAAUGAGCCGCGAUCUGGGUCCAUGAAUGCCAGUAACCAGACAGAGGUGGAGUUUUCGUCUAUAAAGGAUGAAUUUGUGAUUGCAGAGGAUUUAUCAGGUCAAAAUGCAACUGCAUUGGGGACCGGAAGUUACUAUGGCCAUAGUCCAGGAUAUUACGGUCAGCAUAUUGCCUCUAAUCCCAAACCAACAAACAAGUUUUUUCAAUGCAAGUUCUGCGUACGCUACUUCAGGUCAAAAAACCUCCUCAUUGAACACACUAGGAAGGUCCACGGAGCUCAAGCUGAAGGGAGUUCGGCGGGACCCCCUGUUCCAGGAUCCUUAAAUUAUAAUAUCAUGAUGCACGAGGGAUUCGGAAAGGUCUUCUCUUGCCAGUUUUGCACAUACAAGUCACCAAGGAGGGCAAGAAUAAUUAAGCAUCAGAAGAUGUAUCACAAAAACAAUUUGAAGGAGACCACUGCUCCUCCCCCUGCCCCUGCUCCGAUGGCAGACCCCGUGGUCCCACCCGUGUCCCUGCAGGACCCCUGCAAGGAACUGCCGGCGGAGGUCGUGGAGCGCAGCAUCCUAGAAUCAAUGGUCAAGCCUCUGACCAAGUCUCGAGGCAACUUUUGCUGUGAGUGGUGCAGCUAUCAGACCCCCCGCCGGGAACGCUGGUGUGACCACAUGAUGAAGAAACACCGCAGCAUGGUCAAGAUCCUGUCCAGUCUCAGGCAGCAGCAAGAAGGGACUAAUCUGCCUGAUGUGCAGAACAAGAGCGCCCCCAGCCCCACUUCUAACUCCACCUAUCUGUCUAUGAAUGCUGCCAGCCGGGAGCUACCCAGCACUAACGUCUCCACCUUCAGGGGCUCCAUCGGCAACUCCAUCAUGAGACCCAAUUCUUCUUCCGCUUCCAAGUUUUCGCCCGUGUCUUACCCUCAGAUGAAGCCGAAGUCACCUCACAAUUCUGGCCUCGUCAACUUGGCGGAGAGAUCCCGUUACGGAAUGACUGACAUGACCAAUUCUUCUGCCGACCUGGAAACUAACAGCAUGCUGAAUGACUCUAGUUCCGAUGAAGAGUUAAAUGAAAUAGACAGCGAGAAUGGCUUAACUGCUCUGGAUCAUCAGACAGCAGGCAUGUCCGCGGAGCAGCUGAUGGGCUCAGAGGGCAACAAAUUAUUGGAGACCAAGGGGAUCCCAUUUAGAAGAUUCAUGAAUCGGUUCCAGUGCCCCUUUUGUCCGUUCCUCACCAUGCAUCGACGUAGCAUCUCCCGUCACAUAGAAAACAUCCACUUAUCCGGAAAGACAGCUGUCUACAAAUGUGAUGAAUGUCCAUUUACUUGCAAGAGCUCGUUAAAACUUGGGGCUCACAAACAGUGUCACACGGGUACAACGUCAGACUGGGAUGCUGUGAAUUCCCAGAGUGAAAGCAUUGCUUCCCCGCUGCACGAAGGUGUCGUGUCUUACGAGAGCUCGAGCAUCAAUGGGAGAAAGUCGGGGGUCGUGCUGGAGCCCCUGCAGCAGCAACAGCCGCCCCCGCCGCCGCCGCCGCCACCGCCCCCACCUCCGUCACAGCCCCAGCCGCCGCAGCUACAGCCGCCCCAUCAGGUGCCGCCCCUGCCCCCGCCGCCCGCACAGGCCCCGCCCCUGCACCCCUACAAGUGCACCAUGUGUAAUUACUCCACCACGACUCUGAAAGGGCUGAGGGUUCAUCAGCAGCACAAACACUCCUUCUGCGACAACUUGCCAAAAUUCGAGGGGCAGCCCUCCAGCCUGCCAGCGGACAGCGAGACAGACAGCCACCCCUCUUCCAGCAACACUGUGAAGAAAAGUCAGACCUCAAUUCUUGGGUUGUCCUCCAAGAACAAUUUUGUAGCUAAGGCCUCUAGGAAACUCGCUAAUGACUUUCCUCUCGACUUAUCGCCCGUGAAGAAGAGGACCCGGAUUGACGAGAUAGCAAGCAACCUGCAGAGCAGAAUUAACCAAACCAAACAGCAGGAAGAUGCGGUGAUCAACGUGGAGGAUGACGAGGAGGAAGAGGAAGACAACGAAGUGGAGAUUGAGGUGGAGCUGGACCGGGAAGAAGAGCCGCCAGAGCCCAUCCUGGAGGUGCCCACGUCCUUCUCAGCACAGCAGAUCUGGGCGAGAGACGCCCCUGAGCCCCAGAAGGAGCCCAACUUCAGAACUGUCACGCACGAUUACAAUACCACCAACGGGGCUGAGAUAGAGCUCACCCUUUCUGAAGAUGAAGAGGAUUAUUAUGGCUCCUCCACGAACAUGAAAGAUCACCAGGUUGCCAGCGCUACUCUGCUCAACACCCAGACUCCUAUCUACGGAACUGAGCACGGUAAUGAAAAUGCGGACUUUAGUGACUCGGGAAGGCUUUAUUAUUGCAAACACUGUGACUUUAACAACAAAUCUGCCCGGAGCGUCAGCACCCACUACCAGCGCAUGCACCCGUACAUUAAAUUCAGCUUCAGGUACAUCUUGGACCCCAACGAUCACAGCGCAGUGUACAGGUGCCUGGAAUGCUACAUCGAUUACACCAACUUCGAAGACCUGCAGCAGCAUUACGGCGAACACCACCCAGAAGCCAUGAACGUCCUCAACUUCGACCACUCGGACCUGAUCUACCGGUGUCGGUUUUGUUCCUACACGAGCCCCAACGUCCGGAGCCUGAUGCCGCAUUACCAGAGAAUGCAUCCCACCGUUAAGAUUAACAACGCGAUGAUAUUUUCGAGCUACGUGGUGGAGCAGCAGGAGGGGCCGAACACGGAGUCCCAGACGCUGAGGGAGAUCCUGAAUUCGGCUCCCAAGAACAUGGCCGCGUCCGCUGCCGUGGCCCGUGGCGGCGGGGUGCCAGCCCCGUUCCCUAAAAACACCCCUUCCAAGACCUUUCCUCCAGAAUGUGAAAAUCAGAAGGACCCCUCGGUCAGCACCGUCGUCGUGUACGAUUGUGACGUUUGCUCCUUCGCGAGCCCCAACAUGCACUCUGUGUUGGUUCAUUAUCAGAAGAAACACCCGGAAGAAAAGGCCUCCUACUUUAGGAUCCAGAAAACCAUGCGAAUGGUGUCUGUGGACAGGGGCUCUGCCCUCUCUCGGUUGUCAUUUGAGGUGGGUGCUCCAGUGUCUCCCAAAAUAUCCGCCAUGGGUUCCCCACCCCCCCCGCCGCCCCCGCCACCAGACCUCGGUACCGAGCUUUACUACUGCAAACACUGCUCCUACAGCAAUCGGUCAGUUGUGGGAGUCCUUGUCCACUACCAGAAAAGACACCCAGAGAUAAAGGUUACCGCCAAAUAUAUCAGACAGGCUCCUCCCACAGCCGCAAUGACGCGAGGGGCUGAUGGGCCCCAAGGCUCCCCCCGGCCACCGGCCCCCAGGCCGCAGCUCAGCCGCAGCGGCUCCGAGAGAGACGGCCCUCCCGCGGAGAGUGAGAUGUUCUUCUGCCAGCACUGUGAUUACGGGAACCGCACGGUCAAAGGCGUCCUCAUCCAUUAUCAGAAGAAGCACCGAGACUUCAAGGCCAACGCGGACGUGAUCCGGCAGCACACGGCCACCAUCCGAAGCCUCUGCGACCGUAACCAGAAGAAGCCCGCCGGUUGCGUGCUGGUCCCCGCCUCGAACGUGGAGCGGGACAGGACGAAACUCAGGGCGCUCAAGUGUCGGCAGUGCUCGUACACCUCCCCCUACUUCUAUGCACUGAGGAAGCAUAUCAAGAAAGACCACCCUGCCCUGAAGGCCACAGUCACGUCCAUCAUGCGGUGGGCAUUUCUAGAUGGCUUGAUAGAAGCUGGCUACCACUGCGAGUGGUGCAUCUAUUCCCACACAGAUCCCAACGGUUUGCUCCUCCAUUACCAGAGGAGGCAUCCCGAGCAUUACGUUGAUUAUACGUACAUGGCCACCAAGCUCUGGGCUGGGCCAGACCCAUCCCCUCCCUCUCUCACGAUGCCAGCUGAAGCCAAAACGUACAGAUGCCGAGACUGUGUUUUUGAGGCCGUCUCCAUCUGGGACAUCACCAAUCACUACCAAGCGUUCCACCCCUGGGCCAUGAAUGGGGACGAGUCGGUGCUGCUGGAUAUCAUCAAGGAGAAAGAUGCUGUCGAGAAUCCCCUCUCUCCGCCUGAAGAGCUCGUGGGCCCUGUGAAUUGUGAAAACAGUAUGCCUGCCCCGCUCCCCGAGCAGGAAGCUGAAUGCCCCGAGGACGCCAGGCUUUCCCCAGAGAAGAGCCUCCAGCUAGCGUCAGCCAACCCUGCCAUCUCCUCCACCCCGUACCAGUGCACCGUGUGCCAGUCUGAGUAUAACAACCUGCACGGCCUUCUGACCCAUUAUGGGAAGAAGCACCCAGGCAUGAAAGUGAAGGCUGCCGACUUUGCCCAGGAUAUCGACAUCAACCCGGGCGCCGUCUACAAAUGCCGUCAUUGCCCCUACAUCAACACCCGCAUCCACGGUGUCCUGACCCACUACCAGAAGCGACACCCAUCCAUCAAGGUGACUGCCGAGGACUUCGUGCACGACGUGGAGCAGUCCGCCGACAUAGCCCAGAACGACGUGGAGGAGACGAGCAGGAUCUUCAAGCAAGGGUACGGCGCCUACCGCUGCAAACUUUGUCCCUACACGCACGGCACUUUGGAGAAGCUCAAGAUCCACUAUGAGAAGUAUCACAACCAGCCCGAAUUCGAUGUCUUUUCCCAGUCUCCCCCGAAGCUGCCCGUGACCCUCGAGCCCGAGAUAACCACUGAAGUGAGCCCCUCCCAAGUGUCCGUGACCGAGGACGAGGUGGGAGAGGAGCCCGUGUCCACGUCUCACUUCGCUACCUCGCACCUGGUGUCCCACACUGUGUUCCGGUGCCAGCUCUGCAAGUACUUCUGCUCCACGCGGAAGGGCAUAGCCCGGCACUACCGCAUCAAGCACAACAACGUGCGCGCCCAGCCCGAGGGCAAGAACAACCUCUUCAAGUGCGCCCUGUGUGCCUACACCAACCCCAUCCGCAAAGGGCUGGCCGCCCACUACCAGAAGCGCCACGACAUCGACGCCUACUACACCCACUGCCUGGCGGCCUCCAGGACCAUCAGCGACAAGCCCAGCAAGGUGAUCAUCCCGUCGCCGCCCAAGGACGACGCCCCGCAGCUCAGCGAGGAGCUCCGGCGCGCCGUGGAGAAGAAGAAGUGCUCGCUGUGCGCCUUUCAGUCCUUCAGCAAGAAGGGCAUCGUGUCCCACUACAUGAAGCGCCACCCGGGGGUGUUCCCCAAGAAGCAGCACGCCAGCAAGUUGGGGGGCUACUUCACCGCCGUCUACGCCGACGAGCACGAGAAGCCGGUGCUGAUGGAAGAGGAGGAGAGAGGCGGCUGCGAGAAAGCCGAGGUGGAGGGGAGCGAAGGGCAGGAGAUGGAGUGGCUCCCGUUCCGCUGCAUCAAGUGCUUCAAGCUGUCCUUCAGCACGGCGGAGCUGCUGUGCAUGCAUUACACGGACCACCACAGCCGGGACCUCAAGAGGGACUUCGUCAUCCUGGGCAGCGGCCCCCGCCCGCAGAGCUCCGCCUACCAGUGCAAGCACUGCGAUAGCAAACUGCAAAGCACGGCGGAGCUGACCUCACACUUGAACAUUCACAAUGAGGAAUUCCAGAAGCGUGCCAAACGUCAGGAGAGGAGGAAACAGCUUUUGAGCAAGCAGAAAUAUGCAGAUGGUGCUUUUGCAGAUUUCAAACAAGAGAGGCCUUUUGGUCACUUAGAAGAGGUGCCAAAGAUCAAGGAGAGGAAGGUGGUGGGCUACAAAUGUAAAUUCUGUGUGGAAGUGCAUCCGACGCUCCGGGCCAUCUGUAACCACCUCCGCAAGCACGUCCAGUACGGCAGUGUCCCGGCCGUGUCAGCCGCCGUGAAGCAGGAGGCUGAAGACCCUUCCCACUUGUUCCUGGACGGACUGGAAGCAGCCAGAGAUGCCAGUGGCGCCCUGGUGGACCGGGUGGCUGGUGAACACUGCUUGCUUGAUGGAAUGUUGGAGGAUGAAACCCGGCCGGGGGGAUACCAUUGUAGUCAAUGUGACAGAGUCCUGAUGUCCAUGCAGGGGCUGCGUUCUCAUGAGAGGAGCCAUCUGGCCCUGGCCAUGUUUACCCGCGAGGACAAGUACAGCUGCCAGUACUGCUCCUUUGUUUCUGCUUUCAGGCACAAUUUGGAUCGCCAUAUGCAAACCCACCACGGACACCAUAAACCAUUCCGAUGCAAACUCUGCUCCUUCAAGUCCUCCUACAACAGCCGGCUGAAGACACACAUCCUCAAAGCUCAUGCUGGUGAGCAUGCCUACAAGUGUUCUUGGUGCUCCUUUUCCACCAUGACCAUCAGCCAGCUGAAGGAACACUCCCUCAAGGUCCACGGAAAAGCCCUGACCCUCCCCAGGCCGAGGAUUGUCAGUCUCCUCUCCUCGCACGCCCACCACUCCUCCCAAAAAGCCACCCCGGCCGAAGAAGUGGAAGAUUCCAAUGACUCAUCCUACUCCGAGCCUCCAGAUGUUCAGCAGCAGUUGAACCACUAUCAAUCCGCUGCUCUGGCGAGAAACAACAGCCGUGUGAGCCCCGUGCCUCUUUCUGGAGCUGCGGGGGUCACUGAGCAGAAGACGGAAGCCGUUCUUCACUGCGAAUUCUGUGAAUUCUCCUCUGGCUACAUCCAGAGCAUCAGGCGCCACUACAGGGACAAGCACGGUGGGAAGAAGCUCUUCAAGUGCAAAGACUGCUCCUUUUACACAGGCUUUAAAUCUGCUUUUACUAUGCACGUGGAAGCCGGGCAUUCGGCGGUCCCCGAGGAGGGCCCCAAAGAUCUUCGCUGCCCUCUCUGCCUCUAUCACACCAAAUACAAACGCAACAUGAUUGACCACAUCGUGCUGCACCGAGAAGAGCGUGUUGUCCCCAUUGAAGUAUGCCGAUCCAAACUGUCAAAAUACUUGCAGGGAGUAGUUUUCCGCUGUGAUAAGUGUACCUUCACCUGCUCCAGUGACGAGAGCCUCCAGCAACACAUAGAAAAGCACAAUGAACUGAAACCUUACAAAUGCCAGCUCUGCUACUAUGAGACCAAGCACACGGAGGAACUGGACAGCCACCUUCGGGACGAGCAUAAGGUAAGCCGUAACUUUGAGCUGGUUGGACGAGUCAACUUGGAUCAGCUGGAACAGAUGAAGGAGAAGAUGGAGAGCUCCAGCAGUGAUGAGGAGGACAAGGAAGAAGAAAUGAACAGCAAGGCUGAUGACAGAGAUCUGAUGAGAUUUUCUGACCAUGGGGCUGCUAUCAACACUGAGAAGCGUUUUCCAUGUGAAUUUUGCGGACGGGCGUUUUCCCAGGGCUCUGAGUGGGAAAGGCACGUGCUGAGACACGGCAUGGCGUUGAAUGACACCAAGCAGGUGAGCCGAGAAGAAAUCCACCUGAAAGAUAGCAUGGAGGACAGUAUUAAGGUGCCCUCUAUAGAGGAAAAGGAAGAUGACGAAGCAAUUGGGAUAGACUUUUCCCUAAAGAAUGAACCAGUAGCCAUCUGUGUAGUAGCUGCUGACAAAUCUCUCCUGGAGAAUGCAGAGGCCAAAAAAGAAUAAGCGUUUGGUGAAAUUCUUAAUCACCUCUUACUUGAACCGUGAUGAAAAAAAGUGGGAGGGCCAGCUUGGGCUGAGAAGGGGGGGACAGAAAAGAGAAGACAGAACAAAGCUGCUUUUUAGGACUGAACAAUCUAUUUUCAAAGCACUGGUACCUGUGUGAGUGAGUAUGUAAAUUAAAGUUAUUUAAAUGGUUGGAA